AUGGCAAUAGUUGUAGGAACACAAUCAACUUGUGAUGCGUGUCCCACAGGUGCCGAGCAGUCCAUCGCUCCUCAGGUUGGAUGUUGCUCUCAGCCGCAGGGGCGGAGCUACAGUUUGGAGCAAGCGCUUCCGCAGCCCCCCCACGCGAAGGAGCGAGAGGAGGAUGCGCAGCCCUCCCACACAAAAGACGCAGAUGCCAAGCAAGCCCACGUGAAGCAGGAAAAAGAGGAGACUGACAUCAGCAAGUUUGCACCCGCCGGUGUCUCGUUGGCGAGGCAAACGUUCAAAGACGAACUGCCCGAGUGCUCGCCGCUUCAACGUGAGGGUCCGAGCGGAGAACACUUUGGAGGACCCCCACCGGACAACCUCUCGGCUCCGCCGUCAGACAGUCGUGACUUGGAAGAACCUCGGAGAAGCGACUCAGACUAUGAAGGUGAUGACAAACGGCGGAAAUGUUCUGAGGCGGACGCGACGCUGAAGAACAAAGCCUCCCCGAAACGGAUGAGAUGUCACACGCGUGAAAAAUGUUUCAGCUGUUCAAUUUGUGGCCAAAGGUUUGCUCAAAAGAGACUUCUGAUCGAGCACGAGAGUACCCACAAGGAAGAAAAACCUUUCCGUUGCUCGUUGUGCGACGACAAAUUCUCCUUUAAGUCGCAUUUGGUCAUACACAUGCGAAAACACACGGGAGAAAAACCCUUUGGUUGCUCUUUCUGCGACAAAAUGUUCUCGCACAAGGCCAAUUUGGUCACGCACAUGCGAAUACACACCGGGGAAAAGCCCUUCGGUUGCGCGGUUUGCGGUGAAAAAUUCAUUCAAAGGUCCCACAUGGUGGCGCACGGGAGAAAACACACGGGAGAAAAGUCCUUCGGUUGCUCGUUUUGCGGCAAGGCCUUCUCGCGCAAGUCGCAAAUGGUGAUCCACGUGCGAAUCCACACUGGAGAAAAACCCUUUGCCUGCUCCUUUUGCGGCAAGGCCUUCUCGCGCAAGUCCCAUUUGGUCCGACACGUGAGAACCCACACCGGAGAAAAGCCCUUCAGCUGCUCCUUCUGCGGCAAAGCCUUCAAACAAAACGCUCAUCUGCUCGCACACGAGCACAUACACAUGAGACCUUUCGUUUGCACGGCGGUCGCCUGCGGCAAAAGAUUCGCAUUGGAGAGCGCUCUGGUCAGACACUUGGCGACGCACAGGUAUUGAAAGCUU